AUGACUACGAUACCUCAGAGUAUACGAUCAUUGUUUAAAAGUUUUCCUAUAGCGACUUAUCCACCUGUGACGUCUGAGCUGGGGCAAGCUUUCCACCAUCGUCAAUUUACUUUACAGCCUAAACUGUCACAAAGAAAUCCUGACAACGACCAUUUUUCUCUUGGUGUUUAUGGAUUAUUUGAAUCAUCCAACGGCUUCAUAUUAGCUACUGACCCAGAAUGUUUAUUCAGUCAACUUCAGUUAUGCCACCGGAACGAUCUAAAAAUCCCAACAAUAAGUGCUUCUUGUGAUAGUAGUGAUGAGACAUCUCACAAAAUCAUGAUCUUGUCCUAUCAAGCUUCUAAGGAUUCACAAUUACCAAUUCUAAUUGAGAAUAGUGAAUCUCUUGGUAACGGAUCUCGUGCCAAGCAAUCCUCUAAUCGAACUGUUAGAUCAAGCUUUGCGCUUCAUGAGCUUGCCUUGCUGAAAAUCACCAACCGGUCGACUUAUCUUAUAUCUCAUUGGGCAGACCAAGUGCUAUAUGAUAUUUGGACAUUUACACUUCUUACUGAACUUGAUGCGUCCCAACUUUUGAAUUUAUAUUCCUCGCCUACCAUCUCUCCUGCUUCGCCUAUUGUCAAAACUGAUCAAUAUUAUACCUCCAAUGCAGUUUCUCCAAUCCAUACUCUUGUUCUAAAAGAUUUGUUAGUGCAUUUACUUUCUCGUUAUCAAUUUAGAUCAAGGUAUCCAACAAUUGCCGAGAAUUUCCACAAUUACUUGCCUAAUUUUGUGGUGAUUCAAGGCAAACCUGCUGCGUUGGGUCUGGAAAUUGAAAAGAUAUUUGAAGAUUUUAUUCUGCUACUACAUCAUUUACAAGAACUUGGAAUUGGCAGUCAAUCAAUAUUAGAGGAUGAUGAAGAUAAGCGCAUUAUUGAAUUGAAGAUUGCCAGUUAUUUGAUUUGCAUUAAGCAGUUUAUGCAGGGGACUAAAGUUUAUGCUAUUGUCGAAGAAGGAUAUCCUGAGUUAUUUACUUGGUGUGACUUAGUUCUACAGGAUUGUUAG